CAAUGCCAGAAUAAAACACUGAGAGACUGUGUCAAGAACUGAACUGAUCUUCAAGAAUAAAAUGAUGUGGACUUUGAUUGUUCUUAUUUGUUCCAUUCCAGCUGUGUGGUCAAAGGAGAAAGUAACAGGAAUUGUGGGAAGAUCAAUCACAAUAGAUUGUAACUACAACACAAGGCUCAAGGACAACAUGAAAUACUGGUGUCAAGGCAGGACCAUGCACUGCUCAUAUUUGGUGAGAACGACUGAUCCUGGUGGACAGCAAGGAAGAAUGUCAAUCAAAGAUAACAAGACACAAGGAGUAUUUGUUGUUACCAUGGAGGGUCUUCGCAUGGAAGAUGCAGGAUGGUACAGCUGUGGUAUUGGUAGAUGGCUUAGAGAUGAAUUAACUGCUGUGAAGCUCGAAGUAUUUUACGAUCCCGUUUCUCUUCCUGUCAUUCGGUUUUUAUCACCAUCAAAUAUCUCAUGUUUUGAACACUCAGUUUGUAUCUCCUGUGAGUCUGCCCAGGGAUCCCUUCCCAUUCGAUACACAUGGUAUGAAAAGACCACUUCUGAAGAUUCAAUGAUUUCUGAGAACAAUAAAGUGGAUCUACAUUGUCAAUUAUUCAAACUGCAACAUCAUCAAUAUUACUGCACAGCAUCUAAUACUCAGGGAGAAAAAUACAGUGAAAUGGUUAAUGUGUCAGUCAUCCAUAGAUCAGAGAGCAACUGCAGUUAUUUGGCACAAAUUGGGAGCCAUGGUUCAACUGUAGUGCCAGCAAAAAAUAAAGUAACAGGCGUUUUGGGAAGAGCUAUCACAAUCGAUUGUCACUAUGACAAAUGGUCACAAUUAUAUGUGAAAUUUUGGAGUCGCCAGUGCUCUGUUUUAGUAAAAUCAAAUGACCAUCAUGGACAGCGAGGAAGGAUAUCUAUCAUCGAUAACAAGACACAAAAUAUGUUUUCUGUUACAAUGGAGGAUCUUCACUCAGAAGAUGCAGGAUGGUACAGCUGUGGUAUUGAACAAUCUGGCCACAUUUCAGUGUCUACUGAAAUUGAGCUACAAGUAUCUCACGGAGCUGAUUACUGUUGUGGAAUUUCAACAGUACCGGUGACAACUUCAAGUUCAAAAGAUGAGUCUCAACUUGGUAUAAGUCCAGUUUACAUUGUGGUCGCUGUACUGGGGACCAUGCUCAUUGUUUUUGCUGUUUUGCUGCUUUUGUACCUGAAGCAAGUCAACAAGGGUAAAGAUGGUGAAGGUAAUAGAACAGAUAAUGCUUUUGAGAAUCAGCAAAUGGUAGGAGCUGAAGAGAACAUUGUAUAUGCAACUAUAAUGCACAGUGAAACUAGGUCAAGAGGAAUACAUAGUGAAGGAACUGCCCAUUUUAAGAAUAAUGCAAAUGGAGUCAUGUAUGCAGAACCGCAGUUUCAAAAGAAGUCGUCAGCACGGAGUGGUGAGACAAGUUACUCUGUUACCAGGGGCAAUGCCAAGGUUCAAAGCCAGCUCCCAGAGAACAAGGUCGUAACUCCAAAAGGAGAGAAUUUGCCAGAAUCUGAAAUGCCAAUUUAUGCAGAAGAUGAAUUUUUACAAAAGAAAUCUGGAUUUCAAAAACUGUUGGAAUUUCUACCAUGGGAGAAACUGAUCUUUGUGAAUAAAACGAUGUGGACUGUGAUUCUCCUCAUUUGUUCCAUUCCUGUUUCAGAUGCUUUAUGGGCAAAGAGAUCCAUGACAGGAAUUUUGGGAAGAGAGAUCACAAUACAUUGCCGCUACGAAGCACAGCGGUACCAGUCACACAUUAAAUAUUGGUGUCACGGAUGGUCUCGUCAGUGUAAUGUUAUAGCAGCAACAAACUGGGCAAAUGGGAGAAUAUCAAUCACUGAUAACAAAGCACAUGGAAUAUUUCUUGUUACAAUGAAGAACCUUCAAUGGGGAGAUGCAGGAUGGUACAGCUGUGGGAUUGAGGCUCCAGGACUUGACCCAAUGUUUUAUGUACAGCUGCACAUCUCAGAAGAAGAUGUCUCUGCUCCUGAACUUCGAUUUUUGUCACAACCAAAUUCCUCAUGUUUUGGGGGCUCAGUGACAAUCUCCUGUGAGUCUGCCCGUGGAUCCCUCCCCAUUCACUACACGUGGUCUGAGAAGACUCCAUCUCAAGAUUCAAAGAUCUCUGACACCAAUAAACUGGAUCUAUGUUGUCAAUCCUUCACACAGCAACAUCAGUAUUACUGCACAGCCUCAAAUACUCAGGGAACAAAAUCCAGUGAAAUUGUUCAUGUGUCAGUCAACAAUUUAGCAGAGAAGAGCAGCAGGUAUAUAAUACUCAUCGACAGCAUCAAACAAAGAUAUAUUUGUAACAUUUCUCCAACAAUAUCACUGACUACUACACAUUCCCAAAAUACAAAUACAAGUUCUUCUCUCAGUCAAAAGCAAACCUCAGAAGAUAAACACUCUGAAAGUCUGAUUUACAUUGUACUCGGUGUGCUGGGGGCCAUUCUGGUUGUUUUUGCUGUGUCUCUAAUUUUGUACCUGAGGCAAAUGGACAAGGGUAUAUUCUGCAUCAUGCAUCAACAAAGAGAUAAGACUUUUAAUGAUGACCUGGAAUUGGCAUCAGUGGAAAAGAACAUGGUAUACGCAAACAUAAACCACAUUCAAACGAACACAGCAAACAGACAGAGAGAGAGAAGGGACAAUCUGAAAAAUGAUGAAAUCAUGUAUUCAGCAUUGGAAUUUCAAAAGAAAUCUUCAUCAGUGAGAGGUGGGCUGGCAAGGCACACAGUUGACAACUCAAACAGUGUCAUCUACAGUGACCUCAAUUUACCAAACCAGCCACUAAAGGGGAAUAAGAAAGCCCCACGACUCAUUCCUGCUCAGGGAUCUGAAACGGUAGUUUAUGCUGAUAUUGGAAUUUAGGAAAAAACAUGAUGAGAUGUUUGUACUGCUCAUUGUUUCUUCUUACUUUGCAAUGCAGUUAUUUUAAAUUUCAUCUAUUGUCAGCUUCCCGCAAAUUUAGUUUGUCCAGCUCCUGCAGAUUUGCUCCGUACAAUUCCAUACUCCUUCCAAUUUGUUUUCCUCAGCAAAUGGAAUCAAUUUACCUUCAGUUCCUGAGUCCAGGCCAUUUGCAUAAAUUAGGAAGAGUAGAAUACCAAGGUGUUUGGCAACACAAUCAGUCCCCAUUUCCCCUUUUCCCCUAACUCCACCUUCUGAUCACAGAUUCCAGGUUCAAACCCCGCUCCUAGAGCUCAGUUCAAAAAUCAAGCUUCACACCCAACAUGGUUCGGUUGGAUACUAAUAAUCGUGUGUAAAAAAACCAAACUUGAAAAGGGAACAUCAAUUUUUACAGCACAAGAAGGGGGUGCCAAUUUGUUUGGAUCGUGGCUGACAUGGAGAUGCAGCAGGGACUGUUAACCAUCAAUUUAGCUGAUUAAACUCAGACCAGGCAAGCAUGCUCUGACUAAUUAAGUGAAUUAAUUAAUGAAUAGCAGUUUGCACGAUCCUCUCUCUGAGAUGUCAGGAUAUAUUCAUUUAAUGCAGAAGGGGCCCAGUGUGGGAAUGUGUGUGGCUUCUAGCAUGCACAAAUGAAUUACCCUGCAAGCCCAAUGGAUCAUCUGACAUUGGUUUCUGAGCACAAACAGAACUCUUCAGUAAACAUUGUUCAAUAGCAGAAUCAUGUCUAAUGUUGGAUGUGGCAGUCUGGGAUUACAGUAUGGGCCAGUUAACGUGAUUGUCUCACUCCUGACCUGCAGUGUUGUCUGAUAUCAUCAGCCAAAUGUUCGGAUGUACAGUCCAUACAUUUGGCAUCACACCGACAUUAAAGAUAAUAUUCCACAGUAUUACAGGAUUAUGAGAAUUGGGAAAUUGAACUGUUUGGACAUUAUUGGAGUGAAGAGGGAUCUUAGAAGUGAUUUCUUGAAAAAUAUGAAAAGUCAAGGCAAACCUUUUUUUUACUGUAUACUGGAAAAGUUAAUAAUUUUGCGAAAUAGACAACUUAAAGGGAGGUAAAAUAUUGUACUUAUGGCCUAAAUGAUUUAACAAACUUAAAGAGAAAUCCUCAGGCCUAUGCUAUCAGAGAUAAUGGGAACUGCAGAUGCUGGAGAAUCCAAGACAACAAAA